UAUGAAAAGAGAAUUAUGAUUGAUUCAGAUAUUGAUUUUCACACGUGUAAUUAAAUCACAACAUAACCUCAAUUGUGAUAAAACCACUUCCAAACUUGAUAGCUUGUUUCUGUGGUUUACUCAAAAUAAAGAUGACAUCAGUAAAAAGGAAACUGCGGAUUUUAGCUUUACAUGGAUAUCGUCAGUCAGAUAUUACAUUCAAAGCAAAAUUGGGAUCACUGAGAAAAUCAUAUAAGAAGCAAUUGGAAUUUGUAUUUAUCCAAGCACCCCAUGAAGUAUUAACAGUUCCUGUUAAUGACGAAGAUAAUGGAGAAGCAAAGUGUUAUGGUUGGUGGUUUGAUAAUAACGAACGAACAUUUAAAGCAGUCAAUUACAGUGACGAUUCAAUAGGUUUUGAUGAAAGCCUGAGCUUAAUAGAAAAAACAUUUAAGGAUUCUGGGCCCUUUGAUGGUGUUCUUGGUUUCUCACAAGGAGGAGCAUUCUUAUCUAUUCUCUGUGCUAUGCAACAGAAGAAACUGACUUCAAUUGCAUUCGACUUUGCUAUUAUAAUUUCCGGUUUCAAAUCACGUUGUGCACCACAUGCACCUCUUUAUAAUGAGGAAAUUAAUUUACCUACGUUAUACAUCUAUGGAUCCACAGAUAAAGUUAUUCCACCCGAAAUGGCAGAGGAACUGAGUAAAUUAUUUAUCAACAAGAAAACAGUGAUACACGAAGGAGGACAUUAUGUACCAGGGAAAAAAGGCAUUUAUCACGAUUUUAUAGUUGAAAUGUUAGCUCAAUAUGCAGAAAUGAAAUAAAUUGUUAUCAUUGCAA